AUGGACAGCCAGGAUAUCCCGGAGGACCUGUCUUUAAACGAAUGUUUUUCAGGACAGCCCGGACCCAAAGGACCACCUGGAGGCGAUGGACAGCCUGGUGCCAAUGGAAACCCUGGAGCUCCAGGAAACAAGGGCCCACCAGGAACUCCCGGAGAGCCCGGAAUCUGCCCCAAAUACUGCGCCCUCGACGGAGGUGUUUUCUUCGAGGAUGGAACUCGCCGUUAA